GUCCGACGCUCACGAGUUCUCAUGGAAAACCUCAUGCCCCCGCCGCUCAGCUAUAGUGUGCAGUUACUGUGUUUGAGCUAUCUUUCAUCGUUCAACAGAUUGUGAAUUGUUCAACACCAUCGCUUGUAGUCCUUGAUUUCAAAUUGUUAUCUGGCUUUCAGAACCAAGAUUUCCCAGCACUUCAUCUUCUCAAAUCGUUCGAGUUUUUCCGUUUUUUCACAAACAAUUCUGAAAAAAAUGAGGGCCAAGAUUGUGGUUUUCCCGAUCAAAGGGCGAAGCUGGUGUUUUAGCCGCUCGAUUGAUGCUUCAAUGGCGGCCGCACAACCUUCCAGCACGCCGUCCACCUUAAAGGAACUCUUCAAGAAGAUAUUUUCUUCAUCUUCAUCUUCUCAAAUCAGAGGAAAGCCCUCCGAGGACUCGAAAGCUGAACUCGCGAUUGAUUUCGUAGCUAACAAGGUCAUGAAUGGGGCUUGGAGUAAAUUGGAAAAGGCGCCCCAGGGGACCUUCAAGAAUAAGAUUCACGGAUUGGGAUUGAAGCUGUUGUCACGUGUUAAGCCAUCAGAAAUCUUGUUCAAGUCCAUUCCAAAGGAGACCAAUGGAGUGGAUGUAAUUUAUCCAUCAAGUUUGAAUCCACGACUUGUCCGGAGAAGGCUUCGGCAUAUUGCAUUCAGGGGAUCAGUGAUUCACAAGAACUACUUGUAUUGUUCUGCCAUCUUGCUGCCUCUGACUUCUGUUUUCACGGUCCUUCCUUUGCCUAAUAUCCCGUUCUUUUGGAUAUUAUUUCGCACUUACUCACACUGGAGAGCCUCGCAGGGAAGCCAAAAGCUUCUUCAUCUACUGAACGAUGCCUCCAUUGAGACUACCAAGGAAAAAGACAUUUUAUCCCGUGAUUCUAACGAGUCAAGUGAUAAAUCUACACGUUCUCCAUUGGUUUUCCAGCCGACAGAAGAGCUUCAGAAGCUUCUUCAACACCAAAAAGAAGGUGACAAUGGUCUCACUGAGAGUGCAAUCUUGAAAAUUUGCCAGAAAUUCUAUUUGAAUCCUACAGAUGUUGUAAAAUACCGAGAUUCAAUUUAGUCCCAG